AUGGCUCUAUCCUUGGUGCAACCCUGUGGCAUGUGUUUUGCUGGUAGACGAUUGAGAAAUGUGAUUGUAAUCGAAAUUCGGAGAGGGAAUUGGAGUAGAAUGAGGUUGAGUAAUUUCUUCUUAUCGAAAGUGUGGAACAUAUCUUAUCGUUCAAAGCAUAAAUUUCCUGACAACCUUCUGGAACAAGUAGACAAUUAUGCGACUGCUAGGCUCGAAAACCAGUCCAAGUUGAUAACUAAGGUUGCAGCUUUGAUGGAAUAUGAUAAUGUUGAUGAUUUAGUUGAUAAGAAAUCGGCUGAUGAUGAGAAAGUUAAGGAAGAUCUUGUAUUAGCGUGUAAGAGAUUCCCUUCGAUCAUUCUUGGUGAUUCUCGUCCGGUGGAAUUGUACAGCAAGACUAAAUCUUCCGAGGAAUCAAGGAGCAUUCUUAAAACGCCAACUGACAACAGUUUCUUUCCCACUCCCUUACAUGUAGGAUGGCUUGACCCCGAUAAUAUUUCCGGAACAUUAUCUUCUUCCUUCUGUCCAGAUCUUCAGAAUGUUGAUUCUUCCAAUCUCAGAGAAGAAAUUUCAGAUGGUUCUUCUUUUACGGUUCAAACUACAACAUCUGAAGUUGAUUUUGCCGCUCAGCGUUUCCUUAGUUGUUCUAUAGAUUCUAUGCCUGGGUUAAGUAAGAGGCAGAGUAAUCAGCUUGACAGUUGUGGCUUUCACACGAUUAGGAAACUAUUGCAUCAUUUUCCUCGAACCUAUGUGGAUUUGCAGAAUGCACAUGUUGAUAUCGAGGAUGGACAGUACUUGAUCUUUGUUGGGAAAGUCGUGUCUUCCAAGGGAGUUAGAGCUAGCUCUUCAUUUUCAUUUCUUGAGGUUAUUGUCAGCUGUGAAGUCUCAGGCAGAGACAGAACUUCAGAGAAUCUGAGUUAUAAUGCUGAUGAUAAAGGAGGAAAAAGAUUUUUUUUGCAUCUGAAGAAAUUUUUCCGUGGUGCUCGCUUUGCCUGGCAACCAUUUCUUAAUAAAAUUCAAGAGAAGCAUAGACCCGGGGACCUUGUAUGCGUUAGCGGGAAGGUGAAGGCGAUGCAUCCGGGAAAUCAUUUUGAAAUGAGGGAAUACAAUAUUGAUGUACUCAAAGAUGAAGAGGAGUCGUCUCUUCAAGUCCAGGGGAGACCAUAUCCUAUUUACCCUUCAAAAGGAGAGUUGAAACCAAAGUUCCUUAGCGAUAUCAUCUCCAGGGCUCUGCAGGUUCUCCCUGCCAAUAUGGAUCCACUUCCUAAGGAAAUCACUACAGUCUUUGGCCUACCAUCUCUUCGUGAUGCCUAUGUUGGUAUUCACGAGCCCAAGAAUUUAGAUGAGGCUGAUUUAGCUCGCAAAAGGCUUAUAUUUGACGAGUUCUUUUACCUACAGUUGGCACGUUUGUACCAAAUGCUUCAAGGUCUUGGAACAAAAAUAGAGAAAGAUGUAUUGCUGGAAAAGUUCAAAAAGCCGGUGCUCAAUUCCGUCUACAUAGAAGAAUGGUCCACUCUCACCAAGAGUUUUCUAAAGGCUCUACCAUAUUCCCUUACUCCAAGCCAGCUAAGUGCUGUUUCAGAAAUAAUAUGGGAUCUAAAGCGUCCGGUUCCAAUGAAUCGGCUUUUGCAGGGUGAUGUUGGAUGUGGCAAAACAGUGGUCGCUUUCUUGGCGUGCAUGGAGGUCAUAGGAUCUGGUUACCAGGCAGCUUUCAUGGCCCCCACAGAAUUACUCGCAAUCCAACACCAUGAACAGUUGCGUGAUCUGUUGGAGAAGAUGGAGGGGGUACCAUCCAAGCCAACCAUUGGGUUGCUCACAGGUUCAACCCCGACAAAGCAGUCACGAAUGAUUCGUCAGGAUCUUCAAAGCGGGGCUAUAUCGAUUAUUAUUGGAACUCACAGUCUGAUAGCUGAAAAAAUAGAAUACUCUGCAUUACGUAUCGCCGUGGUUGACGAGCAGCAACGGUUUGGUGUAAUCCAGAGAGGAAAAUUUAACAGCAAGUUAUAUGGGACAUCUUUGAUAUCGAAAACUGGCUCAACUGACUCUGAUGAUACUUCUUCCAAAGCUGAUCUCAGUAUGGCUCCUCAUGUUCUUGCCAUGUCAGCCACCCCUAUACCGAGAUCACUAGCCUUAGCUUUAUACGGAGAUAUUUCUUUGACGCAAAUUAUCGGUAUGCCACUUGGAAGAACACCGGUUCAGACGCACAUAUUUGAAGGAAGUGAGACUGGCUUCGGGGAAGUCUACUCAAUGAUGCUGGAUGAACUGAAGUCUGGAGGAAGAGUAUACCUUGUAUAUCCUGUUAUUGAACAAUCAGAGCAACUGCCACAGCUCCGUGCUGCCUCUGCUGAGCUUGAAGUUAUCUCCAAAAAAUUCCCAAAGUACAGCUGCGGUCUAUUACACGGAAGGAUGAAGAGUGACGACAAAGAAGAGGCUCUAAACAAAUUCAGAAGCGGAGAGACACAGAUACUCCUCUCCACACAGGUGAUAGAGAUAGGUGUUGAUGUUCCAGAAGCUUCAAUGAUGGUUGUCAUGAACGCCGAAAGAUUUGGAAUAGCACAGUUACACCAACUCCGAGGACGUGUUGGGCGUGGAACCAGGAAAUCGAAAUGCUUAUUAGUUGGAACAACUGCCAAUAGCCUAAAACGGUUGAAUAUGUUGGGGAAAUCAUCAGAUGGGUUUUACUUGGCGAACAUAGACCUUCUUCUACGUGGACCUGGGGAUUUGCUUGGGAAGAAACAGUCUGGGCAUUUACCAGAGUUCCCGGUAGCUAGGCUAGAAAUAGACGGGAAUAUGUUGCAGGAAGCCCACAUCGCUGCUUUGAAAGUUCUAGGAGAUUCGCAUGACCUGGAGAAGUUUCCAGCGCUGAAAGCUGAGCUUAGCAUGAGACAGCCACUUUGUCUUCUAGGUGACUAG